CGCGUGAAUGAAUGAACGGAUCCAGACACUGGCUUCUUCCACAGUGCCGAACCGCUGAGAGGACGCAAACAAACGACUUGGACGUAACCCCACACCGAGCCGACCCAGUAGAAACCAGUAGAAUCCAGUGAGGGCCCGGCUGCAUCAGCAGAAAUGGCUGCGGCCGCCAUGUCUGCUCCUCCAUCCUCUCCCGCCACCCGCCUCUCCUCAUCCCUCCUCUUCUUCUCCCUGUCUUUCCUCCUGCUCCUGUCAUGUCCCACAUCUGUCCAUGCGAGUUCAGCAGAGAAAAACUGCUCAGCCAGUGGAGACGCCUGUCAGGAAGGAGUGGUGCUGCCCGUGUGGAACCCUCAGAACCCCUCUGUAGGGGACAAAGUGGCCCGGGCCAUUGUUUAUUUCGUAGCGCUCAUCUACAUGUUCCUCGGCAUGAGCAUUAUAGCCGACCGAUUCAUGUCGUCUAUAGAGGUCAUAACCUCUCAAGAGAAGGAAAUCACCAUUAAGAGGCCAAACGGUGAGACGACCACGACCACUGUCAGGAUCUGGAAUGAGACCGUUUCUAAUCUCACUCUAAUGGCCUUGGGUUCUAGCGCCCCGGAGAUCCUGCUGUCUGUUAUUGAGGUGUGCGGCCACGAUUUCGAGGCCGGUUCCCUGGGUCCCAGUACCAUCGUGGGCAGUGCUGCCUUUAACAUGUUCAUCAUCAUCGCCCUGUGUGUGCAUGUGGUUCCCGACGGAGAGACACGCAAAAUCAAACACCUUCGGGUGUUUUUCGUCACGGCAGCUUGGAGUAUCUUUGCCUAUAUCUGGCUCUACUUAAUCCUGAGUGUCUUCUCGCCUGGGGAGGUGGAGGUAUGGGAGGCGGUGCUGACCUUCCUCUACUUCCCACUCUGCGUGGUCCAGGCCUGGGUGGCUGACCGACGUCUCCUCAUCUACAAGUAUGUCCGCAAGCGCUACCGUGCCGACAAGAACCGCGGCAUCAUCAUCGAGACGGAGGGCGGGGCAGACGUAGGGAUCAGGGGCAUGGACGGAGGAGGAGGAGGAGCGCUGGGUCCAGGUGGGUUCACCAAGAUGGACAUGCUGGAGCUGGACGGACAGAUGGCGCUGAACUGUCACGGUGGGAUGGACGGAGGGAUGACAGAGGAAGGAGGAGCAAAGGACGAGGAGGACGAGGCCAGGAGGGACAUGGCGAGGACGCUGAAGGAGCUGAAGCAGAGGCACCCGGAUAAAGACAUGGAGCAGCUAAUUGAGAUGGCUAAUUAUCAGGUCCUGAUGCAGCAGCAGAAGAGCAGGGCGUUCUAUCGUAUCCAGGCAACCAGGAUGAUGAUUGGAGCCGGCAACAUCCUCAAGAAGCACGCCGCCGACCAGGCUCGCAAGGUGGUGAGCAGCCAUGAGACCCAAGCCCAAGAGGACGACCCUCACACCAUCAGGUUGGAUUUCGAACCCUCGUUGUACCAGUGCUUCGAAAACUGUGGCUCCCUGAAACUGACCGUAGGCAGACACGGAGGUGACCCCGGAGUUACCGUCAAGGUGGAUUAUCGCACAGAGGACGGUACAGCAAACGCAGGUUCAGAUUAUGAGUUCGCAGAGGGAACGCUGAUGUUUAAGCCUGGGGAGACCCUCAAAGAGAUCACAGUCGGAGUGAUUGAUGACGACAUCUUUGAGGAGGAUGAGUAUUUCUACGUCCACCUCAGUAAUCCUCGAUUGGUUGGUUAUCCGGAGAUCGGCACCGUCCCUCUGGACAACAGUGUCACCCCUAAAGCUGUGCUGGGAAACAACCACACCGCCACAGUGACCAUCUACGAUGACGAUCACGCAGGUAUCUUUACCUUUGAGAGCGCCAGUCAGAGGGUGAGCGAGAGUGUAGGUGUGAUGGAGGUGAAGGUGCUCAGGACUUCAGGGGCCCGGGGCCUCGUAGCCGUCACCUAUCGGACGCUGGAUGGCACCGCCAAAGGAGGGGAGGACUACGAACUAUCAUCUGGCAAGCUGGAGUUUCAGAACGACGAGACGAUGAAGAUCAUCGAGGUGAAGAUUAUUGAUGAUGAGGAGUACGAGAAGAAUAAGACUUUCAUCAUCGAGCUGGGAGAGCCGGUUCUGUUGGAGAUAGGACAGAAACACGGCGACUCCAAUGAGAACAAGCCAUUAGUGGGAGCAGAGGAGGAGGAGGUGGCAAAGAUGGGCUGUCCCAGUCUGGGUGAACACACACAAGUAGAGGUCAUCAUAGAAGAGUCCUACGAGUUCAAGAAAGCAGUAAAGACGCUUUUGAGAAGCGCUGAAAAGAGUACGGUAGAUAAGCUGAUCAAGAAGACAAACCUGGCCUUGGUGGUGGGAAGCAGCAGCUGGAGGGAGCAGUUUGUCAAUGCCGUUACUGUCAGUGCAGGUGAUGACGAUGAGGAGGAGAGUGGCGAGGAGCGGCUGCCGUCCUGCUUCGACUACAUCAUGCACUUCCUCACCGUCUUCUGGAAGGUGCUGUUCGCCUUCGUCCCGCCCACUGAGUACUGGAACGGCUGGGCCUGCUUCAUCGUCUCGAUAUCACUCAUCGGCGUCCUGACGGCGGUCACCGGCGAUCUGGCGUCGCACUUCGGCUGCACGAUAGGCCUGAAGGAUUCUGUGACCGCCGUGGUGUUUGUGGCGCUGGGAACAUCAGUGCCAGACACUUUCGCCAGCAAAGUCGCUGCCAUCCAGGACCAGUAUGCCGACGCCUCCAUCGGCAAUGUGACAGGCUCCAACGCUGUCAACGUCUUCCUUGGCAUCGGCGUGGCGUGGACCAUCGCGGCCGUCGCCUGGCGCACCAGGGGCAAACCGUUCCGGGUGGACCCGGGGAACCUGGCCUUCUCCGUCACCCUCUUCACCAUCAUGGCCGUGGUGUGCGUGAUGACGCUGCUGUACCGGCGGAGGGCGACGGUGGCCGGCGGGGAGCUGGGCGGGCCGCGGACUUGCAAGUUGGUCACGUCGCUGCUGUUCGUCUCCCUGUGGCUCAUUUACAUCCUGCUGGCUUCGCUGGAGGCCUACUGCCAUCUACCGCAGUUUUAAACGGAGAGGAGAGGGGGGGAGGGAGAGAGACCUACUGCCAAUAUGAAGAAAGAGAGAAAGAGAGGAGGGAGGAAUGUUCAAACGAAGGAAUGAAAGAGAGCUGGUUAUGCGACGGUAGUUUUUAUAGAAUUAGCAGAUCUACACAUGAACUUUUUUUUUCUUUUGAAUAGAUUUGACAGUAAACCAGUAAAAACUCCAGUGUCCAUAAUAAAUAUUUUUGUUAGCAUCACUCUUUUAGACAUGGAGACCCACCCCAAACGUCUGGGAUACAUCAACCCUCUAAAUUAAGAAUAAUCUAAAGCCCUGAUAUUAAAUCGUAGGUUUUAAAGAGCGCUUUUUGUUUUGUUUUCAGUAUACUGCCAAACCAGUAGAAGAGAAGAAGACGCAGUCAGGCUCUGAAUGGAAAGUUGAAGUAGGGAGGAAGGACAAGAGGCAACUAAACUAAAUCAAAUUGAAAGUCUGUACAUGAACGGAGAGAUUAGAGAAAUGAAGAGUAGAUUGGCAAGAACACUCUACACCCCCUCCUCACUUUCUCUCGCUCCCUGUGUCGUAACUGUGUCUCGUUGUUGCGGGAACAGUUGGAUUCUCCCAUGAUGCCCGUUAAACUUUAUCCAGUUCUAUCAGUGACUUAUGACUUUUAACCUCUCCUCUGCCAACACACAUAACAAAUACACUUAUAUAGACUGAUUCUGCAACAGAAGACAACCUUUUGUUUUUCUUUAUUCCAUCUCUUCUGGAAUACACUGUGCUUCAUCCCACACACACACACACACACUCACACACACACACACACACACACACACACACAUACACUGUACACUCCAAUUCCUCCUCGCCAACAAACACUCACAAACAGACUCUACACACCCCUCUACCCCUCCCUCUUGCCUUACUCUUACCUCCCCUUGUAGGAUUUUGUCUUAAAGUUGUGAUAAUGAAACUCCGUAGUCACCACGCACCGAGCCUCUUUUUUUGUCGAGCCAAUCCCGAGCCCCUUCUCCUCUUAACGCCAACGCCAAGUGUUGUUAACAAAAACGUACCCUGUUUCCUCCCCUCCCCUCCCCUCUUUUUUUCCCUAAAUUUUCAAUGGCGUCACGUGUUGAUGUUGUUACCGUGCAAUUGUAAAAACAAAAGUAUUAAUACAGUGUGACGAGAUAAAUUACGAGGAGGAAGAGAGUUGUCGAGAAGAGCAGUUGGAUGUUGGAUUCGCACCGGGAAGAAAGGGAGGAUGGCUUAACGGACGAAACGUUUCUUUUUGUCCUGCAGUGACGAAGCAUUGUGCGCUACACGUUGUGACGUACGCUGUUUACACGCUGCAGUUCCCUGGACAACUGGAGCAAAGCAGGAAAUGAUGUAACAAAAAGGACUAAUCAGAACUGGCUGUGACCUUGAUGAUGAAUAACGACGACCUAGUGUUUCUAGUUGUACAUGAUGAUAUUAGAAACAUUUAAAGACAUUGAUAUUUCAUUUAUGUUACGUCGCUCUCUUUGUGAGGAAACCC